CACUCUACAACAGGCUGCUAUACUUCAUCUUGGCUUAUAUGGACGACGACGACCCUUUUAUUCCUGGGCUAGAUCCCAGAAAGAGACCCCAAACUGUUUUCAAAACACAGCUCAUUCUUUCUAUCUUUCUUGGGCUAACAACUUUCCUCAUUUUCUGCAAUUUAAGAUCAAGAUGGCCUCAAUUGUAUGCUGUUCGAACUCUAAGGAGAAACGAUAUCAAACCCUUGCCUAAAAACCUCUUUGGCUGGAUCAAAAUAUUGUACCAGAUACAAGAUGAAGAUAUCCUCGCUUAUGCUGGUUUGGAUGCCUUUGUCUUUUUGGGCUUCUUCAAAAUGGCAAUUAAGAUUUUUACUACUUUCUCUGUGCUAGCUAUUUGUAUUAUAAGUCCUAUCAGACUCUACUACACCGGCAACUAUGAUCGUGAUGACAUUACUUGGUCAACCACUGGCGAUGGUGAUGAUAACCAACCUCACAAACCUGAGGAUCCAGACGACCCAGACGACCCAGAUGAUCCAAAUAAUUUUUCUCCCUAUCUCUGGAUGUAUGCAGUCUUCAGUUAUAUCUUCACUAUACUAGUUUAUUAUUUUUUAUUUGAUCAAACCAAAAAAGUCGUAACAAUUCGUCAGAAAUAUCUUGGUUCUCAAAAUUCAAUCACCGAUAAAACCAUUCUAAUUAAUGGCAUACCAAAGAAUUUAGUCAACAAUAAAAACUUGUUGAAAAAUCAUAUUGAAAAACUUGGUAUUGGCAAAGUCAAUAACAUCUCAAUAGUCUACAAUUGGAAUGAAUUGAAAAGACUAUUUGAUGAAAGAAACCAACUCAUAAGAACUCUAGAAGUAUACUACUCAAAAUACUUGGGCUUGAAUAUAUCAGUUUACAAAUAUAAAAACCCUUCUGUCACUCCCAAAUUUUAUCCAGAUGUUAUUUCCAAAUUGCAAUUACACUCAGCGUCUCAAAUUAGUAUCAAUGAAACCAACGAUAGCGACCACGAUAAUGAUCAUGAUCAUGCUAUUAAUAACAAUAAUUCCAACAGCAUUGCUAAUGGUGAUAUCAACAAUAAAAGAAAAAAAAAUCCAAUCAAAAUUAAAAAUAAAACUAAAACUAAUGAUUUGGAAAAUCAAUUUUUGUCACCUUCACAACAUCCAAACAAUUUUCAAGAAUUAAAUAGCUCUUCAAGCUCAAUUAUUUAUUUUAAUUCAACCCAUAAUAAAAAUAAUAUCCCAAACACUACUAAUAUUACUAGUCUCGGCAAUGAUAGCGACGCCCUAAUAAUCCAAACAGAUGAUGACAAUAAUCAUAAAAAAAUAAAUGAUGUAAACAAUUUAAGAAAAAGAAAUAUGAAAAGACCAACUAUAAGACUUGGUUUUCUAGGCUUGUUUGGAAAAAAAGUUGAUGCCAUUAAUUAUUAUGCCAUUCAAUUGAAAAAAAUUGAUAGCGAAAUUAUCAAAAUGAGAACUAAUUUAGAUGAUUUUAAACCCACAAAUUCAGCAUUUAUAACAAUGGACACUGUAGCAUCAGCCCAAAUGGCUGCUCAAGCAGUUUUAGAUCCAAAAGUUGGUCAAUUGAUUGCAAAAUUAGCUCCUUCUCCAAAUGAUAUCAUCUGGGAAAACUUUUCAAAAACUUAUUUACGAAGAAUUAUUCAAGACUAUUCUAUUACUUUUAUUAUGGUAAUAACCUCUUUCACUUUGGUUUUCCCUGUCUCUUCAAUCGCUGCUUUAUUAAAUUUGAAAACAAUUACAAAAUUUUGGCCACUUUUAGGACAUUUGAUUGAAAAAUCAAAAUGGGCAACCACCAUCGUUACUGGUAUCUUACCUCCAGCAUUAUUUACUUUAUUAAAUGUCUUGGUUCCUUAUUUCUAUUUAUACCUAUCUACAAAACAAGGUUUUAUAUCAAACACAAAAAUUGAGCUCUCCUCAGUUUCAAAAAACUUUUACUAUAUUUUUUUUAAUUUGUUUUUUGUUUUCACCUUUGCGGGUGUUGCAAGUAACUACUGGUCCUUACUAAGUGAUACAACAAAAAUUGCUUAUUUAUUAGCUAAUUCUGUCAAAUCAUUAUCUCUAUUUUAUGUCGAUUUAAUUUUAUUGCAAGGUAUUGGUAUGUUUCCUUUUAAAUUAUUACAAAUUGGUGAUGUAUUUUUAAUGUCAAUUUCAAAACUUUUUUAUUGCAAAACUCCAAGAGAUUAUAGGUCCAUUUAUUACAUACCAUCGGUUUUUGAUUUUGGCUUAAUAUUACCCCAACCCAUUUUAAUUUUUAUUAUAAUUGUCAUCUAUUCCAUUUUCUCUACAAAAAUUGUUACAGCUGGUUUAGCCUAUUUUAUUUUGGGCUUUUAUGUUUAUAAAUAUCAAUUAAUGUAUUCCAUGGUUCACCCACAACACUCGACUGGUCAAGCUUGGUCGAUGAUUUUCAGAAGGAUUUGCAUUGGUUUAGUUAUUUUUGAGCUAACAAUGGCUGGUACAUUGGCCUUAGAAAAUGCCUAUAUUUUGGCAGCAUUGCAAAUCCCAUUAAUUGCAUCAACAUUAAUGGCAUAUUAUCGAUUUGAAAAGGAUUAUUUUCCUCUAUCAAACUAUAUUGCUUUAAGAGCUAUUAAAUCUAGACCUGAUAACAAUAAUUUUGAUGGAGUCGAUGAAAAUAAUAAUAAUUAUUCAAGUGCGACAUCAACUCCUGUGAACACAAUUUCCAGCCGUUAUUAUGAUAAUCCAAACAUUCACCAUACAGACUCUGAACAAUCAUUAAGUACUUCGGAUUUAACGAAUUUUGUUCAAAAUUCAUUGCAUAAAAAGAAGAGUACUCUUGAUGAAGAAAGAGAUGAAUUUCAACAAUACAAUUAUCCUUAUUUAACGGACAAGUUAGAAGGUCCGUGGAUUGGAUUUGAUAAGGAUUUGAUCUAUGUUGUUGAUUACAAGGACAGUGAAUUCGAUAAUAAUGAUAUCAAUGUAUUAGAUAAUGUAGAUCAUAUCGACGAUCAUUAUAUGGGAGAAACAAUAUUGAAGGUUAAACAUCAAGUGGCAGAAUGGAAUUAGGUAA